CAGAAUCAUUUUAUCCCCCAAUCCCAUUACCCCCAUUACCCAAACUGACCUGGAUCCUUUCUGCUUCUCACUCUCCUACAAGCCAAAAUGAACCUGAAGUGCCACAAAGGUAUCAGAGAGAACUUUUUUUUAAUAUAUUACAUACAAAGACUUUUUUCUCCAUUUUUCAUUGUUUUCCAGUUCAUUCCAGAAGGCAUCAGGAACAUGGUAGAGACGUGCUUACAGAUUGCCAUUGGAAUGAUUAUUAUAUUUAUAUUAUAUUGGGUUUGUAUGGAGAUUGCCGAUAUCAUUUCAAAAGACACCAGGGACUGGGUAAAGAGGUACUUACAGAUUGCGAUGGGAAUGAUUAGUCCAUUUGUCUUACAAAUAUUAUAUUGGUUGUAUAUGAAGUUCCUUCCAGAAGGCAUCAGGAACAGGGUAGAGACAUACUUGCCGAUUGCAAUGGGAAUCAUUAUUACAUGUAUUACAUUAUAUUGGCUUUGUAUAAAGAUUGGCCAGUUCAUUCCAGAAGGCAUCAGGAACAGGGUAAAGAAAUACUUACAGACUGGAUCAGAGGUGGAUGGGCAGCUCCAAUCACAUACUGCAGGAGGGCACUCAGUCGCCCACAGAGACAAACAUAAAAGAACUCCGGUUAUUGGCAUCUUCUCCAGGAAAUCCAAGGAGUCGUACAGUUGGCUCACUGACCAUCUCACGUGGGAGUUUGACACCAAAACCUUCCACCUAUCAAACAGAGGAGAAUGGAAGCAAACGGAAGAUUUCUAUGAGUGUACACAUGCCAUCCUCUAUCAGAAUAGUUGGUGGUUGACCAUCAGUUAUGCCCUGGACUCAUUGUAUGAUGAAGACUUACAGUUCCUAUCUACAAUGCUAGGAAAGAAAAACGUGAUUGUGGUCCAAGAUGACUUGAUGGAUGCUGGACCUGAGGCAAAGAGUAUUAGACUGCGUAACCAGCCGAGCAUAGAGAACCUGGCUGCUGAACUGUUCCUGUUUAGUGUAGAGGAGAAACAGUCACUUCUGAAUGAUGGGCCAAUUACAAAGAAAUUAGCGGCCAUGAAAUUAAUAUUUUAUGGUAAAUUCAGCUGAAUGCAGUACAGCAUGACCGUCUUUUUUUCACUGUUGGGAAAAGUGUCCCUCUGUCGCUUGUUAUGCCAUGUGAGAUAUAUGGAACCAUUAAAACUUCCUUCAUCUA